UAAUCAUACCCCAUCAUCUACAUAGUUGCUUGAUACACGACGCCUUGUCAUUCGCAUACGGAUCGCACGAUUGGGUACAUGUGUCAUGACGGUCCUCAGCGAACAUGAGAUCCUUUGGAAUUCGGCAGCGCUGUGCUCGCUCCGCCGUCCCCAGCUCAUGAGCCUGUCCAAGAAGUAUGGACUCAAGGCCAACGGCAAGAAUUCUGAAAUGGCUGCGCGGUUGCACGAGUUCGGUGCGAGCUUGACUCCUUCGUCAAAGGCAGUCUUUGCUCAGGCUUCUGAACAAGCGGCCGACGAACAACACGACAGCCCAACCAAGAAGCACCCGAAUGCUCCCGACAACAACGAGCUGGCCCCAUCAGGUCAGGAAGAGCAAGAUGUCGUCUCUGCCCACCUCUCCAUCCCUACACGGCCAAUGAGGUCCAUGCCUUCCUCCCGCACGUUGGGUCGCGGCUCUGACGCUUGGGAGGUUCUCACGACCGGCAACGCCAGCCUGGAAGAAAUCACAGAGCAGCACUACGAAGAGGACACUGUGCCGCGGGCUUGGAAAAGCGCAAACAACGGCGAGAAGCUGGCCGGGGAAUUCAAGGGCAACACUGAGCUUCGCGGUGUGGGCUCGUUGCGUUCGCUCGCCAGCUCGAUCCGGAGAACCGCGUCGCGCACUCUUUCUGGACGCCAGAACAAGGAAGGUCGAUCACCCACACCGUCCGUCACCUUCCCUGGUGUCUCGGCCGAGGACGACCAGCCCGUGGAUCGCGAAACCGAGGAGCUGGCUGAAGACGACCUUCCCCCUUCACCAGCCUCCGCGAUCGGCGUCGCGAAACGUCACUCUACAAUGUCGUUACACCACAGGCCCAGCACCAUUCGCAUGGUCUCUCCCUCACCAGUUCUCGGCAUGAACUUUGAACGCGCCAUGUCUCCCGAGCUCGAUGACGACGAUGAGCUUCCUCUGACCGGCCAGAACACCGUCGAACAGAUCAAGCAGAGACGGUCGAUGGCCCCCGUGCGGGAACAGCAGUUCCCACCGAGCGCACUCCGCAUGAGAAACUCGGCCCCCACACUUCUGUCACCCACUGCCUCGAAGAACAACAUCUCAAACAUCUAUCCCGAACUCCCAACCUUUGACACACUGGCCGCGCCCGGCGCGCCGCGCCAGCAGUCUCCCACAAAGAGGUCGUCGUCGCCAAACAAGGCUAGGUCGCCGUCACCCGGCAUCCCAGGUGCUUUCCCGUCCGCAACGUCUCCAUCAUUCGUGUUUGGACAGCCCCACAAGCCAGCUGAGCCUCAAUUCUCGGCUGCAGGUCUCAAGUUACUCGAAGAGAUGCAGGCCAAGAUGGGCGCGUCCGGCGGCACCUUCAACCCCGAACUUCUCAAGGGCAAGAGGGCCCAGAUGACCAAGCUCGUCUCUGUCAACGAAGACCUUGCCAACGGACCAGGUGGCUGGGGUCUAUCUGCCGGCCCAAGUGCACAGAAUGACCGAUACGCCGAGGCGCACCAGCGCCAGUUCGCCAAGAUGAGAUCACUGUCGUCAUCUACCAAGAGCUCUGAGCCUCGCUCAAGAUCCACUUCGGCCAGUCGACCGAGCCCCCCUAAGCGCAAGCACCAGAGCGCCGCCCCGGAUAUGGCGAGCGAACAGAUCAAGGACGCUGCUGUCGCUGAGAGUGACCGGACUGCCAAGCGGACAAAAGUGUCGACCGGCCCGAGGUAUCUCGAGACCCUCCGGGGAGCUGGUAGGAGCAUCGCCGGCAAGCUCUCGGAGGACAAGCCUCCUGCCAACCUCGUCUCCCCUCGGAAGAAGAGCAGCCUCAAGCCCGAGAGCAUUCGCAAGUUUGCCUUCUUGCGUAGUAAGAAGGCGGCGGACACUGUCAGCAUUGCAGAGUCAGUCAGGUCGGAGGGAUCCUACAUUCUGCCCUCGCCCUCAGUGCCAGUUGACGUUCAACACCGCCCUGCGCCGCCCAAGAAAGGCUCUAUCCCUCCCCCGUCACGCAUGAAGCGCUCGGACACAGCGUCCAGCAUCUCUACCAUGGUCGGCGGAUCGCACGGAUCACAGGGCGGUACAGGUCUUGCGCCUCAGAUCCCCACGGUCCUGGCCUUUGGAGAGGCCGCAUCGCGGACGAAUCGCCUCUUCGAGUCAAACUUCCACAUGUCACAGCCUGUUGUUGGCACGGCGAAGCGUUCGCUGCCCGUGACCCCAGCGUCGGCAGGUCCUUUUGCCGCGGCGUCACCAGCUGCUGUUGAAAAACUCAAGUCGCCUAGUAAGGCAGGCAGUGUGUACUCGUCACCGGCCAAGGCUGGCUCCAUCUCUGCGACGAGAGCACGCGACCGCACGUCGGGAGUGGCUGCCCUAAAGUCCAAGGGGCACCACGAUGACAAGGCGGUGGCUCAGCGACGUGCCGAGAUCAAGGCCCGUCAGGAGCGCCUUGCUACCGAACGCGAGCUGCGACGCAUGCUGGGUUGA